GGUGAGUCACAGCAUCUGGCAGGACAGCAGCAGCUCCUCACCCAGCACCCAGCCACGCCGUGGGAAGAAGCCUCCCUCUAGCCAUGGCUUCCCUGGGGCAGAUCAUCUUCUGGAGCAUUAUUAGCAUCAUCAUUAUUUUGGCUGGAGCAAUCGCAUUCAUCAUUGGCUUUGGUAUUUCAGGAUUCUCUGUUUGGCUUUCAGUAAUGAAGGGCUUGGUUGUGAAAGUUCCGUCACUUCCCUAGGCAUUGAUCCUUGCUUCCCGGAUUGCAGGGACACACUCCAUCGGAGUCACCACUCUCACCUCAGCUGGGAACAUUGGGGAGGAUGGAAUCCUGAGCUGCACUUUUGAACCUGACAUCAAACUUUCUGAUAUCGUGAUACAAUGGCUGAAGGAAGGUGUCAUGGGCUUGGUCCACGAGUUUAAAGAAGGCAAAGAUGACCUGUCGGACCAGGACGAAAUGUUCAGAGGCCGGACAGCAGUGUUUGCUGAUCAAGUGAUAGUUGGCAAUGCCUCUCUGAGGCUGAAAAACGUGAAACUCGCGGAUGCUGGCACCUACAAAUGUCACAUUAUCACUUCUAAAGGCAAGGGGAAUGCUAACCUUGAGUAUAAAACUGGAGCCUUCAGCAUGCCAGAGGUGAAUGUGGACUAUAAUGCCAGCUCGGAGAGCUUGCGGUGUGAGGCUCCCCGAUGGUUCCCCCAGCCCACAGUGAUCUGGGCAUCCCAAGUUGACCAGGGAGCCAACUUCUCGGAAUUCUCCAACACCAGCUUUGAGUUGAACUCUGAGAAUGUGACCAUGAAGGUUGUGUCCAUGCUCUACAAUGUCACAAUCAACAACACAUAUUCCUGUAUGAUUGAAAAUGACAUUGCCAAAGCCACAGGGGAUAUCAAAGUGACAGACUCUGAGAUCAAAAGGCGGAGUCACAUACAGCUACUGCACUCAAAGGCUUCUGUGUGUGCCUCUUCUUUCUUUGUCAUCAGCUGGGUACUCCUGCCUGUCUCCCCUUACCUGAUGCUCAAAUAAUGUGACUUGGUCACACACAAAAAUGCAAAGUCAUUGGUCCAACAGGAAUCUACAGAACUAUUGCACCACCAGAUAUGACCUAGUUUUAUAUUUCUGGGGGAAAAUGAAUUCAUGUCUAGAGUCUGAAGUGGACAAACAAGA